CUUCCGCCUCGGUCUACGGACCAAAAUACUACACCAAAAUACUACACCACUACCUAUGCUGCUCCGACGUACUACACCGAAGCCCCCAAGUACUAUUCGGCUCCACGUUACUACGCAGAGGCCCCAGUUUAUUACACCACAACAUACGCUCCUCCAAGUUACUACACCGAGGCACCCAAUUACUACACAACAAAGGCACCGGAGUAUUACACAAUGACUUACGCUACACCAAGCUACUACACUGAGGCUCCUUAAUAUUAUGCUGCACCCAGCUACACCACCACUACUAUUGCCUACUACACCACAACAGAAGCAGCCAAAUAUUAUGCUGCUCCAACUUACUACACAGAAGCUGCUCAGUCUUACUACGUGGAGCCCACAUACUACACUGAGGCUCCAAAGUAUAACUCUGCCCCCAGUUACUACACCACUGCUGCUCCUUCGUAUUACGUUGAACCAAGCUACUACACUACAACCUAUGCUGCUCCAUCUUACUACACUGAGGCUCCCCAAUAUUACACCACAAAGGCUGCUGAAUACUACACAACUAAAGCCCCGGAUUACUAUACCAAGAAAGCUGAAUACUACACCACCACUUACGCUGCUCCUGUUUACUACACUGAGGCUCCCAAGUACUAUCCGGCUCCGACCUACUACCAGACUGAGGCACAGUACUACACCACCAAAGCACCUGAAUACUACACCACAAAGGCGCCCGAAUACUACACCACCACUUAUUCGGCUCCCAGCUAUUACACUGAGGCUCCAAAGUACUACUCUGCCCCAAGCUACUACACUGAAGCAGCUCCUAAAUACUAUUAGAGGCCAAGUUUUUUUAAAGCGCUGAACAUUUCAUCUCCCAUAUUUAUUGGUUCAUCACAGUCGUUCUUGAAGUAUAACAUUAAUGUCAAAUGAGAUGUUUCAUACAAAAAUGUCCUCGUUAA